AUGGCUAAGAUUUUGUUUUUGGCUUCCAUAAUGCUGCUGAGUUUUUACUUAACAGAACAAACAAUAAUAUCAGACGUAGGAACUAUUAUGCUGGAGGUUGGAGAAAAUGUUGAUAAAAAUGCACGCAAUCCCAGGUACGUAUUAGACACCAAGGUUCACAAGGAAUUUGACGCGAGAAAACGCUGGCCCAAAUGCAAAACAAUUGGUGAAGUACUCAAUGAUGGAAACAACCUCUAUUCUUGGGCUUAUGCCAACGCCGCGAUAUUCUCAGACAGAAAGUGCAUAGCAACUAACGGAGUUUUCAAUCAAUUCCUAUCCACCGAAGAGCUAAUUUCCUGCAGUGGUAUAAAGGCUAUCGAAAACGGGAUAAGUAAAGGUGGCGUUGAUCAACUUCGUGUCUGGGAAUAUUUCAAAAGUCACGGCUUGGUCUCCGGCGGGAAAUACAACACUGACGAUGGAUGUCAACCUUCCAAAAUUCUACCAAUUGGUAACUUACCGACAACAUUAUACAAACCUGAAUGUAAAAAUCGCUGUUACGGUAAUAAGACGAUCGAUUACAACCAUGAUCACUCGAAAGUUAGCCAUAAAUAUAAAAUAUCGUACGAAGAUAUUCAAAAGGAAGUGCAAAAUUACGGUCCAGUUUCGGUACAAUUCUUUCUUUACUAUGAUUUUUAUCUUUACAGAAAUGGUGUUUACUCAAAAACUGAAAAUUCGAAAUUCGUGAGAUGGCAAUAUGCCAAGUUAAUUGGAUGGGGAGUCGAAAAUGGUGUAGACUAUUGGUUGUUGGUCAACUCUUGGGGAAAAGAAUGGGGACAGAAUGGAUUGUUUAAAAUCAAAAGGGGCACAAAUGAAUGUUCCAUCGAAACUGCUAUUUAUGCAGGUGAACCUGAAAGAAAAUAA